UCAUUAGCUGUCGUUUACACACAAGUUGCCAAGGUGUAACUGUAGGUGUCUUUUGUAGUCAGUGAUGGAUGUUUGGAAAUCUGUUAUGCGUAAAGAUAUUGAGAUGGAAGUUCUUGAAGCCUGGACAAGGGUAAGGUUUCCUGUGCUUGUAAGAUUCAUUUAUAAUUCAGGCCGCAGUUGUAUUUCUCCAGUGUGUCUAAACUGAAACUUCAACCUUUACUGGACCUCCUUGAGCUCUCUUGCUGCCGAUUUUGCUGUCAGCUCUUUAAGCUAGACAGAAAAUAUAAGCGGCAUGGGGGAAGUGGUGAGACGGCGGCCCAUCAUUGCUGGCAGGGAACGAGGGCCCGGGCCAGGGCGUUAUGCUCUUCCGCCCACUAUCGGUUACAUAAACCAUGACUACACCAAACCCAGCAGCCCGGCCUAUUCCUUCCACAGCCGCAUGAGCAGCAAUAUGGUGUCUGUGGAUUCCAGUCCAGGGCCGCAGUAUCAUGUAGACGGAAAAAUGACACGCUUUGGCAGAGACGGUACCCCGUCUUAUUCCAUGCUGGGCAGAAAGAAGAAGACAGCUGAUACAUUCCAGACUCCUGGACCAGGAGCCUACAGUCCUGAGAAAGCUCCACCUUUGAGCUUUCACCACAAACCUCCGUCUUACACCAUGGCCUUCCGCACACGCUACCGCAGUGUUGAUCCUGUACCCGCCCCCAACAGCUACACCUUACCAAACCUCUUCGGCUCCCACGUCCCCCACAAAUCCUCCAGCGCCAGCUUCACCAUGUCAGCACGCAGGAAAGCAGGCGGACCAUCGGAGGAUCUGUCCAUGACCCCAGGACCCUGCCGAUACAACAGCACAGAACCGAGUGUUUACCUGAACAGACAGCCUUCUUUCUCCAUGCAAAGCCGUCAUAAUAAUGCCAUCGAUACAAUGAGGACGCCUGGCCCAGGCACGCACAGCCCAGAGAAGGUGACGGCACACCUGCCUCGUGCACCCUCUUUCUCCCUGGGUGUUCGUCAUUCUGAGUUUGUAACACCCCUGAUUGUUGAUGUAUUAGACUGA